ACGCUGUGGCCAGCGUACCGCGCUGAUCCGAUGGCAGGAGCCAGGUACUUCUCCUGGUCUCCCAUGGGGUGCAGGGCCCAAUUACUUGGGCCAUCCUCCACUGCACUCCCUGGCCACAGCAGAGAGCUGGCCUGGAAGAGGGGCAACCGGGACAGAAUCCGGUGCCCCGACCGGGACUAGAACCCGGUGUGCCAGCGCCACAAGGCGGAGGAUUAGCCUAGUGAGCCACGGCGCCGGCCUGAAUUCUCUUCUACAGCUCCCACAGCUCUUAUCACUCAGAAACACAGCCAACUGGCCUGGUUGUGUGUCCAGGGCAGUGUCUCUGAUUGUCCUCCCUCAUAUUGUGGGACCCAACCAGAUAGAUACUUCUGGAUCACUGCUUACUGAGAGAAACCUCGUCCUAUGGCAGAAAUGAGGGCUGUGGGCUUCCAUGCUGGGAGACCCACAGGUAGCAAGGGAGGCUGGGAGUGGCCCUAGGCUGGUAAGGGCUGUGUUUGGCUCUCUCACCUCUGGCACCUCGUUCUUUUCUCCUCCUCCCCCAAAGCUAAUCAGAAAGAGCACUUUUGUGUCUGCCCAGCUGUACUUGGCAUCUGGUGUUCAUCACCUAAAUGAGUUUCUGUCUUUCGGAAACUAUUCUCUCCCUGCCUCCCAUUUUGCGAAUUUGGGGAGCUUGUUUCCAGUGUUUUAUUAAUUUAUUUCAACUGAACAUUUUCCAUACCCUAAACGUUCCCAUUUGUUAAGUUACCAUCUGUCUGAUUUUUUCAGACCCUGUCUACCCACAUGCGUUUAAAUGUUUCUAUCAAGUUUAGUUUUAAAUUCUUUAAAACAACUUUUUUCUUCUAUCACUAGUCUUGCACAGAUUUACAGUGCUAUAAGUCUUUAAGGUAUCUGUAUCAUGCAUUUUUUUUUUUCAAGAUUUAUUUUAUUUGAAAGAGCUGGAGAAGAAAAGCAAGCAAGUGAGAGUGCUUCCAUCUGCUGGUUCACUCCUCAAGUGGCCACAACAACCAGGACUUCAGCCAGCCAGGCCAAAGCCAGGCGCUUCAUCCAGAUCUGCCACAUGGGUGGCAGGGCCCAAACACUUGGGCCACCCUCUGCUUCUUUUUCCCAGGCCAUCAAAAGGGAGCUGGGUUGGAAGUGGAGCAGCUGGGACACAAACCAAUGCCCAUAUGGGAGAUGAUGUCACAGGCAGCAACUUUACCCCCUACGUCACAACAACAUCCCUUGUUUCGUGCAUUUUUGUCAUAAUGUUUGAGAGACAAAAACAGCUGAGUGGCAGAACUUUGACAUGACUUCCAAUCUUAUUAAGCAAGCUAGUAUUUUUAUAUAACAAAAUAAGGAUAAAUUUAAAUAACUGAUCAUUAUUCUCCCCUUGGUCAGCUGUUAAGUAUGACUUUCAGUAAGAUUACAUUGUGCUUUUCACAAACACAGAACUUUUCUUCUCAAUGUGCUUCUUGACUACUAACUUCAUGUAGAAGCUGAGUGUGGUCAAGGGGAAAGUGAAUGAGAGUAGCCAGGGGGCCUUCGUUGCAAGUGGAGCAGAAAGCAAUGUUAUUGAACCACAACUCAACCAACCUCAGAACCAGAAAAUUCCAAAACAACAGUAGAAAAUCCCAAGAUGACAAGAUUGCUGCACUCUGAAGGGGCCACUAAGUGAGUGGGUAUCUUCUCUGUGUAAUCCGGCACUGGACUCUGUGUACACACCUUCAGGAGUGCCUGGACUGGUUCUUUUCAGCUAAAUAAUCAAACUGAUAGUAAUCUUGGUAUGAGAUGUAGUGACUGAACUCUAGCAAAAUGGGAAACAUGUUGGACAGACAAGAUAGACUGUCUGAAUUAGUCUGCCUGAAACCCAAGGACUAAUGCUCCCUGUGAAUUGACCCUUCCUAUCUGACCCAUUAUCAGAUUUGCCACAAGGGUAGUGAUUGUAUUCUCUCCCAAAGGGAUGUGGCAAUGCACUUUUAUGGCAACACUGUGGCACUCUGACAGUUUACAUGCCUUUACAUUAUGACAUUGUGGUUAAUAGCAACAAUAACUUGCAUUGGACAUGGAAAUUUCCAUGAAAGAGUUAGAAUGUGUCUAUGUUUGUAAUUAAAGGCUAAACCAAAAGGAGUUACUUAUGUUCCUUAAUACCUAUAAUCAACAAAUAUGUGAGUUUCAUCUAAUUUUUUUGCUGCAUAAUGUUUUGACAGUUAAAAAAGGCAAUAAAUUAAUCAGUUGGCCCACAAUCAAAAGAACCAAAGUAACAUUCCUGCUAGAAAUUCCCAUGUGAGACUAAUUAAGAAAUGUGCAUUACUGAUAAGAGAUGUGCAGGGAGCCAAAUGAUAAGAGUGUGCUGUGUCUUUAAAUUUGAAGAUAUUUUAUAGUUGUUCUUGAAGUUUCUAUUUUCAUUUGUUUGCUUUGGGUGGGACAUGGAAUAAUAUUUGCCUACUGUAUGAUACUAAUCAUGCAUGUUUGCAAAUUACCCUCCUAGGAAAAAGGCUGCAGGCAACUCUCUGGUGGUGCCUUUUCUUUUUGAGAAGUUUGCAAAGGCAUGAAUUUCAGCACCAAAAAUCUCUGCAUUCCUUUUAUAUUUAAGGAUCAGGCCCAAGAGAAGGUAUCUCCCACAGUAUGAAAUUUGAAGAAUUAAACAUUGGAUUCUCUACUAAUAUUGCACCUCAGAAGCUACCCUUGGGUGUAGGAUCAGUAUUUUUCAAUAUAAAUCAUUUACAAUUUAGGUUCUAGUGAAGCCUAACACUUAUUCUAAAUAAUGUUGUUUGAUAAAUUUUUUUUUUUUUUGACAGGCAGAGUGGACAGUGAGAGAGAGAGACAGAGAAAGGUCUUCCUUUUGCCAUUGGUUCACCCUCCAAUGGCCGCCGCGGCCGGCGCGCUGCGGCCGGCACAUUGCGCUGAUCCGAAGGCAGGAGCCAGGUGCUUCUCCUGGUCUCCCAUGGGGUGCAACCAAGGACCUGGGCCAUCCUCCACUGCACUCCUGGGCUAUAGCAGAGAGCUGGCCUGGAAGAGGGGCAACCAGGACAGAAUCCGGCGCCCCGACCGGGACUAGAACCCGGUGUGCCGGCGCCACUAGGCGGAGGAUUAGCCUAGUGAGCCGUGGCGCCGGCUGAUAAAUCUUAAUUUGCUUAUGUAAGUAGGUUUUUCUAAUGUUUAGAUGUUAUCUUUAAAUUAUUUUCAGUGACCUGGAGGCAAAGUAUGCUUUUAUUUUCCUUAAAGAAACUAAAAGUGUAAUAGUUCAUAUCAUGUAAGGAUACUUGCGAAAGUUCAUGGCAAAUGAAAUUAAAAGAUACAUUUGGGGUGGGUGUUUGGUCUAGCAGUUAAAGUUACUUGUGUCCCACAUCAGAGCGCCUGGGUUCCACAGCUGGCUGCAGCUCCUGACUCUAGCUUUCUGCACGUGCAGACCCUGGGAGGAAGCGGUGAUGCCUAGUAAUUGGGUCUCUGCUACUCCCAAGGGAGACCUAUACACAGUCCCUGGCUCCUGGCUUUGUCUUCACCCCACCCCCUGGCCAGGUGGCAGCCCCUGGUGAGUGCUGGGAGUAAACUCUUCUCUCAUGUGCUUGCUCUCCCUGCCUCUCAAAUAAAUAAAUAGAAGACAAGUUUAUUUUGGUGCAAAAACUUUUUGAAAUCCAUGCAUACAAGGAUCUUCAAAAAGCCCAUAAAAAUGAGCAUUAUAAAAUAACUGUGUAGUUUCCAAAUUUUUUUGCAUCCAAAUAAACCUAUCUUUUAAUUCCAUUUUCCAUGAACUGUGUAAAGUCCCCAUAUGCUAGAGAGAAAGUAUGUUAGGCGUCCAGAACCCCUCACAAUAUUCUUUUCAGAAAUGCAGAAUUUUAAUUUGCAAAUAAGAUCCUUAACCACUAUACUUCCACCCCACACACUGGUGUUUUUGAAAGGAAAACUUUAGACAAAAUAAAGUUAACAAAGUUUAUUUGCCCACAUAAUCAUUCAUUAGCUGAGCAGCACUUAAAACCAGAAGAGGAUCAGAGAGCCCCACUGUGUGGCACAGUGAGCUUCAGUGGGCUGAACCCAGAAGGAAGGAGCAGAAAUAACUUGAUCCAUCCCAGCUAGGCAGAGAAAUUAAACUAAAGAAAACUAAUGGCCAGUCUCCAUCACAGAUGGUAACAAUAAAUAAUCCAGAUGGGGUGCAAGUGCUGUAAAAUGAUACAAAGCUAUCUCUUUGAUCCAGUUCAAGUGCCCUCCCACGGCUAUGUCAACGAAGUAAGCAGCUGCAAGCUAGACGAAGACAACACUGUUAAAUUAAAAGGCAAACAGAGCAGCAAGGUCCUGGUGCAUAAAAGUGACCUUCAGAUCGAGGGCUUGAAGUGGACCGAAAGCAAAGGCAGGCAAGAUGGCUUCCAGGAGCCGUGCUGGUCUCAACAAGGACCACACCCUCAGGGGGCCCCAGUUGGGGGACAGUGUGCAGAGAAGCUUUGUGGCACCGCCAAUGGCAUUAGCCCCACGGGGAACUCCAGGCCCCACGAGGGUGACCAGGGCUCCUGGGCCAGUCCUGCAGACAACAGUCACCCGACUCAACCCUUCCUUGAAGGCGGGGACGCGGGGAGAGAGGACAGCGUGCUGCUGGUCUCGGAGCAGGAGCAGACCCAGGUCCCCCGAAAUGCAGACUCCGGAGAUCCUUCUCAGACAGAAUGCAUUGCCCCGGAAGAACAAGGCCAUAUCCUCCAGAUUCCAGCCCCAGAUUACCCUCCGCUUUGGGGCCCCAACGCGGAUGGCGUUGACCACGGAGACAGAGAUCGUCUUUUCCAGAACCCUCCCGAGCUUGAGCGGCUGCAGGGAAGUGGAGUGCAGGGACUGGGCGCGCCCUUCUCCAUGAAAGGAAGCCGGGACUCAUUCAAUGAAGGCGUGGCCGUGGAAGGCCGGAGUGUCGCUCUUGCAGACGAGGGCCCCGCCCUUCUCGUGCCUGUGGCUGACUCUGGAGACGAGCAGGAGGAUGCGCUUGGCUCGGAUGGAGACGGGGGCGGGGAGAUACUGGAUGAGGAUGCAGCGGUGGCGGAAGCCCUGGCCGCUUUGGAAGCUGCUACUGCUGGGGAAGAUGUAGACGAGGCCGAUUAGGGAAGGCAGUUGGUGCAGGCACGUCAGCGACUGUCAUGCCGAGCGCUUGGAGAUGCGUUGGCUCCUUAGGUGCAUGGCGGAUGGCCCUGCCAGCGCGUGCUGGGGCAGCCUUACUUGUUGUUUACAUCCAGCACCUGGUCUGCUCGUCAGGACCUGUGCCAUGCCACGUGGCCAAUAGGUGGCAUGCCGCUCUGCGUACUGGGCUGUCGCUCGUGACCCUAGAGUAACAAUCGGAGUGGACCGCCGUGCCCGUGUCCGCUCCAGAGGCGGGAAUUCAGCAGCCUGCUCGCCGAGCCUGAAAGGUCUCCAGAGAGGAUGCUCUGAGACCCCAACCUUAACGCCAAGGGCAUACAAUCCUAGAGCGUUCUGUCUACUGUAAAUUCUGCACCUUGCUUUCGAGAGCCAAACAUUGGACCCCACCUAAAACGAUGACCACCCCCACUUAAAUAAGUGCCUCAUGUGUCCCCAGCGCAUGGCUUAACUUCAGGGACAGUCACCCAGGGAAUUAGUAACUAGCCACGUGCUAGACAGAAAGUUAAGCCCAGCAGCCUGCAGGAUGGGACAGGAGUCAGUCGCCAAGAGACAAAUGGUGGCUACUCAUUAGCUAUGAUGUGAUAUUAACACACCUUGACCUUAACCUUUUUUACAUUAUUACUUUUUAAUCUCCUUUGGGAUUGGGGAGGCCAACCAAAAAUAAUGCUUGUAUCAUAUUUGGGUUUUAGGGUCAUGAAUUUGGGGACAGCAAAGCCAUAUAUGAAGUGUUUCAUGCCAUUAAAUGUCUGAUGCUGAUUAAAAUAUAAUAGCCUAGGGGCUGGCGCUGCGGUGUAGCAGGUAAAGCCACCAUCUGCAGUGCUGGCAUCCCAUAUGGGUGCUGGUUCAAGUCCCGGCCACUCUACUUCCAAUCCAGCUCUCUGCUAUGGCCUGAGAGAGCAGUGGAAGAUGGCCCAAGUCCUUGGGCCCCUGCACCCACGUGGGAGACCUGGAAGAAACUCCUGGCUCCUGGCUUCAGAUCGGUGCAGCUCCAGCCAUUGUAGCCAUCUGGGGAGUGAACCAGUGGAUGGAGGAAUUCUCUCUCUCUCAUUUCUCCCUCUCUCUCUCUCUCUCUCUCUCACUCUCAUUCUCUCCCUCUACUCUGUAACUCUGCCUUUCAAAUACAUAAAUAAAUCUUAAAAUAA